AUGGCCCUAUGGAUGAAGUGGUGGUGCCUGCAACGACUGUGUGCGAAAUCCGAGCGUCACUUCGUAAACCUCAACACGGGCAAAUCCACAUCUGCCGGCAGCAGGCGUCGUCGUGUCCCGCUCUCGUUCGUGGCUCCUAGAUCUCAAGCGGCUUCGCAGGCGGCAGCGUCAAGUAGCCGACACGUGUGCGCAGUGCGCGCGCCAAGUUGCACGCCGAUGGAGCGCUCCGCGGGCGCCAAGUGGAAGAAAAUCUACGACGAAGACGGCGCGCCGCCCCCUGUCGACGAGGAAGAGGACGCGCCCAUGAGCAAGCAGAAGGCGCUGGGCGACGAGCAGCCGCUCGUGACCCACGAGGAGGAACCCGCGGGCUACGCCGGCCCGCAGCCGCUGCUGCUGCAGAAGCCGCUCUUCGCCUGGGCCACUGCGGGACUGGGCGCGCUGUUCCUCAUUGUGGUGGUGCUGGUGGUGCGCGGCGGCACGCUGCACGCCCCUCGAGCCAUUCAGGGGUCCACUGAGGCGUCGGCGUGGGUACAGAGGCUGCCCAGUGAUGUGGAGCGCCAUAUUGACAGAGCGGUGGACCCUUGCAAGGACUUCUACGCCUUCAGCUGCGGCGCGUGGCAGCAGCAGGCGGAGAUCCCGGACGACAGACCCAGCGUCUUCCUGUCCUUCUCGACGGUGCAUGACGAGAACGAGAAGGUGCUGAAGGAGCUCAUGCAGCAGGGAUGGCCGCUGGUUGGGGAGCUGUACGACUCGUGCAUGAAUUUCAGCAAUGUUAGCAGCACGACGGCGGACGAGGCGUCGCUGAAGGUGCUGGCGCCCGUGUUGCAGCAGAUCGCAGCGACCAAGAGCAAGCAGGAGCUGUUUCAAGUGGCCGGAGAACUGUCCAAGGCUGGGCCGGACUUCUUGACGGGAUUGAGUGUGAGUGCGGACGCCAGGGAAGCCACGACGUACGCGCUGUACGCAUCGCAGAGUGGAUUGUCACUGCCCGACCCGCAGUAUUAUCUGGACAAGAAGCAGUUCGACUCGAUCAGUGACGCGUUCCAUGCGUACGUGGUGGAGCUGUUUCUGCUGGCUGGAUGGGAGUCCGGGGCUGCUGCGUCGCGAGCUUCUGAGGUCAUUGACUUUGAGCAGACACUGGCGCCGUUGUUUGUGCCCAAGGAGAAGCUGCAGGAUCCCGUGGCUACCUACAACCGCAUGAACGUGGCCCAAGUCGCUGACGAGUUUCCUCUUACGUUCGCAAAGUUUGUCAACGGUACGGGAUUGCUGACUAGUCUCAAGGCUCACAGUACCGAUGUGAUCGUGGAGACUCCUGAAUACUUUGAGCGAGUUGAGAAGCUGCUGGCGGGGAAUACUGUCACGCUGGACACGUUGAAGGCCGUACUCACGUACCAGUUCAUCAGCACGUAUGCAGGUGUGCUCAGUGAACCUUUUGUGCAGGCCAGCUUCUCGUUUUUCGCGCGGACGCUCCGCGGUCAGAAGACGCGCGCACCGCGCUGGAAGGUUUGUCUUCAGCGUGUGACUGAUAACUUUCCUGAUCUUGUGGGCAAGUACUUCGCGCUCCUGCGCUUCGACCAGGCAAGCGAACAACUCGCCAGUCAGCUUGUGACGCAGAUCCAAGAGUCACUACAGAAGAAUCUUGGACGUGCGGAUUGGCUGGACGGACCGACGCGCCAGGCGGCGCUGGAAAAGCUGGGCAACAUAACGAAUUUGAUCGGUCAUUCGACACGCUCCGAGCACUUCCCGUAUGAGCUACGCGGCGACGCGCCACUUGCCGACAACAUGCAGAUUGUGAAGCGACACGCGUUUGAUCGCGCCGUGGCUCGCAUCGGCAAUCCCGUUGAUCGCAACAAAUGGGCAAUGACGAGUGCUGCAGUGAACGCGUACUACCAGCCGACAGCCAACCAGAUCGUAUUCCCCGCUGGGAUCCUUCAGCCUCCGUUCUUCGCUCGUGGACGGCAUCCAGCUCGGAAUUUCGGUGCCAUUGGUUCUGUCAUUGGCCAUGAACUUACACAUGGCUUUGACGCCUCUGGAAGAUACUACGCUGGUGAUGGUAAUCUCCAGGAUUGGUGGAGCAGUGAAACAGCGGAGGAGUUCUCGAAGAGGACAGAUUGUCUGGUGAACCAGUACGACAACUUUGCAGUGACCAGUGGUGCAGACACCGACAAGGUGCUGGGCCACGUCAACGGGAACUACACUCUGAGCGAGAACAUCGCGGACAACGGCGGCGUCAAGUUAUCCUUCGCGGCGUAUCAAGAGUACAUUGACAAGAUGAGCGAAGCUGAUGCGAUGAGUGACGCCGAGAAGAGUUUGCCUGCCAGCGAAGCUGAAAAGCUCUUCUUCAUCUCAUUCGCGCAGGCGUUCUGUGCGAAGACAAGCGACGCCAGCGUGACGCAGCGGUUAGCAACGGAUCCGCACUCUCCCGAGCGAUGGCGCAUUAACGGCGUGGCAAGCAACUCGCGGGACUUUGCUCGCGUAUUCUCCUGCCCCGCUGGUUCUCCCAUGAACCCGAAGACAAAGUGUCAGCUUUGGUAG